AAUAGACUGAGAAGGAAAGGAGGUUAAGGAGGAGAGCAAGACAGAAGAGGGAGAGAGAUAUAGAAAGAGAGAGAUAGAGGGAGAUCCGUGACUGCUUCCUCAGGAUGUGGCUUUCGGUUCAGGGUUUUAAGGGAGGGGGUGACUCUAUGACAACCGAAGACUUACCUUUUGAUCGGUGGCACCUGUGAAAGAAAUGUGUGAGAAAGUGUUUUCACAUUUAAGCAUGAAGUGUUUGCGCACGAGCCAGAAAGAGGCAGAGAGAGCGGCUGCUUUCACACGUGGCUGUGUUUUAAUUUUGACUGCUGGGUCGCACGCUCUACAAAACUCACGGGUCGACAUGACUAGAUAGCACGCGAACAAAAGCAACAGGUUAUGGAUAAAGAAAGAAGAACAUCGUUUUCAGAUGCUAUGAGCGUCCUCUAACUCGAGGGUGCUUCAGCCAUUUGCAACACGCCACAUGGCUGACCAUACAUCUCCCGAACCCGAGUCGCUCUCCUUCGCUCCGAUGUUUCGACCUCAGGCAGAAGGUCAAAGGUCAAGUCACAAUCUUUACCAGCAAAGUUCAUUAAGUGGCCUCGGCCCGUUUGAAGUGACGUGUGAAGCCACGGAUGGCACUGGGAGUGCUCUGAAUGGAAUAGAUCAAUCGGGGAACGCAGCUUACUGGGGGAAUACGUCCCCCGUGUCCUCUAUGGGACUCAACAGGAACAAGGCACAAGCUGGAGUGUAUGAGACCGACUGGAGUUCUCACUGCCACCAACAGGAGGUGGCGGACUGUUACGAAACAACUGAGCAUCAGCAACAAAAACUGGAUUCUUUCUCCGAGGCGUUUUGCAGUCGCAACACUUCACGAAUGCUGGGUGGAGGAGAGCAGAGCGGCUUCAACAACUCUACUCCUCCUUCACAUUCCCUUUCCUUCCCUCUGGUUCUUAGCCCACCUCCGACGCCCCUGCCUCCUCCAUCCUUCUCUCCUCCCAAACGACCUCAACACUUCCUGCCCGGACAGAUCUUGAGCCAAUCGCAGACGCAGACGGAUGGGUCGUUGCAGUUCUUUCCCUCUCUUCCUUCCCCGUCCACCGGCAGGUACAAUCACCCCAUUUGGCUCCAGCUACAAGAUGAUGGCAACUACAAUUUGGACUUAACGCAACACCUCCAACAAGAGUCAAACUCCUCCCUGGUUUAUUCAGAGCAUGGAGGCCCUCAUCUGAAACAAAUAAACUCCCUGCAGAAAGAAUGUUCACUGCAAAUGUCCCUCAACCAUACACUUGCUCAAGAUCACCCUCAGUCCUGCGUGCAGCAGCAUCUGGGUCACGAGCCUGGGACGUCUGAAGAUCACAUGACAUGGCCUCAGAUGGGGCAAUCAUCACAUUCAUAUGGACCUAGUCUGCACCAGUCCAGUCUCCAUGUGCAGGGGUCAGGGCCAGGAGAAGGAUCACGAAUUAGUUUUGGACUGAACUUCAGUUCAGGGUCCUCAGACAAACCUCUGGGAUCCUCCAGCACACAGAAUGUUCCAGGUUCCGUAUAUACUGGAGUGCCUUUCAAUAGUGUGAUCCAGCUGAGUAGAGAGCUCAUGGAGAACUGGGAAGGAACUGUACCUCACUGUACACCACCUCCAAUGCUGAACCCGACACGUAGUGGAACGGGGCUCUUCUGCAACCUGUUGUCUUCCUUUGCUGUGGAAAACAGAGCAAUGUGGACAGGCGAGAGGAAAGAUGAUGACUCACAAAGGUGCAUAAAUAUAGGCCCAGAGUUCCAAGCUGAGCUGCCAGAUCUGAUAAUAGAUAGAAGAGAGCAUGGGGUGUAUCCAGAAGAAGUGGUCAGGGAGGAGCUGUUAUGGAAACCUUGGGCGGAGUUAGAAGAAAAUGACACCCUUUUACAGCAUGUUGAGAAUCUUCUUGACCUGAGCGCCUCCAGUGUUCUACCAGGAGGUGGCGCCAAUUUGGAGCUUGCUCUUCACAGCCUGUCUCGUUGUAAUGGAAACAUUCUAGCAGCGCUGGAGAUGCUGUUGUUUAAAGACUCCCCUCCAUCAGAAAACUAUCACUAUUCUGGCACGGAUAUCUGGACUUUGAGUGAACAAAGACUGUUCCAUAAAGCAUUUACAAUUUAUGGAAAAGAUUUCUCCUUUAUACAUAAAAUGGUGAGAACAAAGCAGGUGUCACAGUGUAUUGAAUUCUACUACAACUCCAAGAGGCUUUCAGAGAAACAAAGGAAACAGAGUGAGAGAGAAAGAGAAAGUUUGGAGGAAGAGAGACUUGCAGCCGUCAUCAAUCAGGUUCUUCCAUCUCCCAAGAUGCUAGCUAACCAACCCAGUAUUGAGAGACUGAUUCACACCCCACCACUUCCCACAAGCUUUCCUUGUAAACAGUGUGGAAAGAUGUUCUACAAAAUAAAAAGCAGAAAUGCUCACAUGAAGAUCCAUCGACAGCAGCAAGAGGACUGGAGAGAAAAGCUACAGAUACACCCAAACCACAACCUGACCAGAGCACUGGCUCAUCCAAACCAGACCCACCAUCAGAAUCACAUCCUGACCCAAAGUCUAAUUCAAAAUUUGGUCCAGUCACAGAGCCAGUUGGCUUUUCUUCAAAGCACAAAGACUCAGAGUACAUGCCCAACCAGUAGUACCAGUUGCAUGGCUUCCACCCAGAAUCCACAGAUUGUGUCGAAAGCGCCCCCCUUAUCCCUCCACACUGGACAUCAGCAGACAUGGGGCUCCCUGCACAGUGUGGAAACAGGCAGCCUGUUUUAUAACAGAGGCUCCGUGGUAAAUGGGCUUCAUUUGAGCAUACCAGACAGUGCAAGUAAACAAUGGACUGAUACCCAAUAAUUUACACUUAUUACCCAAACUGACAGUUUUGUACAGUUUUAACUCUUGCAAUGUUAUAAGAAUUAAAAAUUACCGCUUUUAAACAA